AUGACCUACCCAGAAGAAAUCGAUGAAUAUUCCUUGAUCCAGAAUGGCUUGAAAAGCCUCAACGAGGCUGCACAACGAUGCCAGCAGACUAAACACAGCAGUCAGGAUAGUAGCAUAGAAGGCUGCAGUGCCAGACAAAGCGCACGCGAUGAGCUGGUUCUCGAAGCGCUCAAAUUCCUCCAGAUCGCGCAGGGUCCUAUUGAUGCCGCUGCUACCUGUUACGAAAGGACGGCCCAUCUCGCGAGCGUCCGCGCGUUGCUGGAGAUGGGGGUAUUUGAAGCGCUUCCCACCGGGCGAGUAUCUCGCAGGACGGAAGAGUUGGCGCGGGAACUCAAUGUCGACGAAUCCCUUCUUGCUCGUCUGCUAAGGAAUUCGUCGCUGUACGGACCAUUCGAAGAGACUGGGCCGGGCCAAUACCGGCACACUCCAUUUUCCGAGGCGUAUUUGCGCCCCGAGAUUCGCGGCAUGUUUCGAUUUGCGAUGGACGACCAUAUGCCCGCGCACCUUAAGCUGCAUGAAUUUCUCCAACGUAACGGCUGGCAAGAACCUUCAUCUACUACAGAUAAUCCAUACACUUAUGCCCACAAGACGAACGGAAAGAGCAUGUUCGACAACCUCUCCGAGAAGCCGGAGCGCAUGAAGGCAUUCAAUAACGGGAUGACAGUGCAGGCGAUGACCCCCCUAUGGAUGAUUGAUCUGUUCCCGUGGAGAAGUCUGGCCCAGUUGAAGCCCACCGCGGGCCAGGUUCUCGCGGUUGAUAUCGGCGGCGGUAAGGGCAAGGCCAUCAGCCGGAUCCGGUCUUUCUGUAAUGGUUUGCCUGGCCGUUAUAUCCUACAAGAUCAAGAACAUGUUGUCAAGAGUGUCGAGGGCUCACUGGAUCCCUCGAUUGAGAGGAUGGCCUAUAAUUUCUUUACCGAGCAGCCUAUUCGAGGCGCUGUAACAUACCUCAUACGUCGUUGCCUUCACAACUGGCCCCAGGAUAGCGUGGUUUGUAUUUUGCAGAAUAUUGCUGCGGCCAUGGAGCCAGGGAAGUCACGGCUUCUAAUUGAGGAGAUUGUCGUACCGGCAGAGAAAGCCGGUGUUGAGGAAGGAUGGAUGGAUAUGAUCAUGAUGUCUUUGGGUGCUAAACAGAGGACUUUGAAGGAGUGGGAAAUGGUACUCGGUUUGGCUGGGCUGGAAGUCAAGAAAGUGUAUCAGAUUCCGGGGAAUUGCCAUGGGCUCAUUGAGGCCUGGCUGAAGUGA